AUGCCAUCCUAUGUCGUUGUAGGGGCCUCUCGAGGUCUCGGUCUCGAGUUCGUAAAGCAGCUCUUGGCCAAAGGAAACGUAGUCAUUGCCCUUGCGCGCAAACCCGCUUCCUCCGAAGGACUGGUUGCCAUCCAGGACAAGAACCUUCAUGUCGUCCAGGCCGACAUUGUCGAUUCGGAGUCGCUUAAGAAGGCUGCUUCCGAAACCGCUCAGAUAACGGGUGGCUCUCUUGACGUCCUUAUUAACAAUGCUGCGUAUGUGAGUUACAGUUUCCAUACCAUCGCAGACCCCCCAAGCGAAAGCGCCUUGUUAGAUGACCUGAAUAAAGGCUGGAACACUAACGUGCUCGGCCCGAUCCUGACUACCAACGCCUUCCUUCCCCUCUUGCGCAAAGGAUCACUUAAGAAGAUUCUCACUCUGUCUUCUGGCCUCGGAGAUCCCGCAUUAGUUCUCGAAUCUGGUUUCGCUGGACAAGUUGGAUAUUGUGUUUCCAAAGCAGCGGUCGAGAUGGUCAACGUCCAAUAUGCCAAUGCCCUCAAACACGAAGGUUUUACUUUCCUCGCCAUUAGCCCCGGCGUCGUCAAGACCGCCCAGACUGCGCCUCCGGCCGAGUUCCUGCCUUAUAUACAGAAGCAAGGCGAGCAGUUCGCGAGUGUGUAUCCGCACUGGAAGGGCCCGAUAGAACCGCCCGAGUCCGUCGGGUCAAUGUUGGGUGUAUUCGACAACACGACAGUAGCGGACAGUGGUAAAUUCGUUAGUCAUCUGGGCAACAGAAAUUGGCUGUAA